AUGAGUACGAAUAGGCCCAACGUUGACAUGGAAGAGUACAUCGAGCACGUCUUACAGCAGCAGCAGCAGCAGCAGUGUCGUCGCAGCAGCAGCAGCAAUAUCACGGCAGCGGCGCUGCGCGAUUUGAACUUCGCCGAGGCCCCGACUCGCACCGAUGUCGUUGCUCGCACCACCACCACCGCCGCCGCUGCUGCGGAUGAUGAUGAAGAAAACGAAGACGGGAGGGAGGAGGGUGAUAUGCUGUUCUCCACCGCUACCCGGCCGUACAUUUCGGAGGAGGUGGGCGGCAGCAGCACCCCGACUGCGAGCAAGUCACCCAUCUUCUGCCUCAAGUGCGCUGCGGCUGGAGAUCCUAUUGCCGCCGCUACUACGGAUAACGAGGAGAAGAGCAAGCAGCCAAGAGCAGCGCCGCAGCAACCGCAGCGGCGCCGUAGCCGUGUGCAGACGACCACCACCACCAUCGUCAUCGCAUCUUCUUCGUCAUCGUCUUCUCCGCAGAGCGGUCGCUUUCCAUUUCCGCAUGGCACUCAGGUGUCGGUGGACGAGUUGUCCUUGCAGGGUUCCUCCAGCGAUGUCCACGCACGCUUGGGUACGCGGUGCCCGCCCGCGUCGCCCUUCUUCCUGGGCGGCUUACUGUACUGCCUAACCGAGUCUACCGUCGCGGAGACGGCGAGCCCGACAACGAACUCGUUUUCGCACGGCUGCUGCGGCGGCGUGACGAGCACGGUGAUCGAGGGCUACCCUGUUGUGCCGUCCGCUGUCAGCAAGACGAGUUCGUUGUCGGUGGUGCUGCGAAUGCCGGCUGGUGAAGGGGGCAGCCCGCUGUUGAACUCCUGCUUUGUACCCGACACGGAGGAAGGCCGUCGACGCGGGCAGCACGCUUCUUCUCUUUCUCCGUCAUCGCCGCCGCGACUGUGGGUGCGGAAUGGAACUACGGCCGCACCAGUGAAGACAUCCGCGUACAUGCGGUUUGAACGUGCGGUGCAGGACACGGCGUUGUCGUGCGACGACGCCGCGAGUGCGACGGAGGCGCUGUUGGCCGCGGCGGCGGCCAUGCCGAUAUAG